AUGCGAUGCGCGAGCAAGGCCGCCGAGAGCGCGUCCGCACGUCUCUUUGCGGACGCCGAAGCAGAAACCACAGCAACUGAUGUCUCAUCGGUUGCUGAAGCGACUCAGCCUGUGUCACUUGGUGAGGCAGGCGCUGGUCACGAAGACACUCAUGUCUCCACAGAGUGUGAGCUCGGUGUCUCAUACUCUCCUGAUACGGAAGACGGAUCCGUAUCGACGGCGAUCGAAUCCAAGCCGCCUGCCAAGCGUAGCAUGUAUGAUGCUAUGCGUCGCAGCAUCUUUGGUUCAUCUGAUGAAUCAGAUGAACCAUCGCCGAAGCGAAGGCGCUCGAGGUCGCGAGACUCGGGCGCUAACAGUGGUGUCGGUUCUCCUAUGGACACCACUUCGCAACGAGGUGCCAGUCCUUCUGUCGGCACAUCGCAGGAAGAGCGGGACCGCAAUGUCUAG